UAAUAACGCCUUCGUAAAGAUUAAUUAGAAUUUAGGAUGCAGAAUUGCAGACCGCCGACAAUUUUAAUUUUGUCACAUUGCUCUUAGUAUACGAACCGCUGUCUUUUGGAAGAGCAAUCAACACUCAAAACUGAAGUGAACAGAUACACUCUUUUCUCUGUUGUCACUCAAUCCAAUCUUUCUUUCUGUUUCUUUUUGUUGUUUGUACUUUUAAACCAAAGCUUAAUUAUGGGGUAUUCAGUUCAGCUCUAGUAAUCCUCAAUUUAGCUCUUUUCUGGGUCUACAAUUUGGUGUAUUUGAAAGAAUAUCUUAUGCAUGGACAUGGCUGGUCAGUUAUUAGAUUUAUGUAAUUAUGGCCGAAGAACACUUCUUUCUAUGAUGGGAUUUUUAGCUGUUAUAGUAGUUUUUUCUCAAUUCUGGGCGUUGCCUUCUGGUAAAUACUUAUCUACUAUGUCGCCUAGUCAAGAACAUUCACCUCUCAUAAUGAUAAGAACAAGUCCGCGUUCCCAAAAUUUUGUUACAAAUGGUAAUUUUGACUUGGUGCAAGGAGUUGGUUACAAUGCAAAUAACAUAGGAGAGGAAGGUAAAGGCAAUGGACUUACAUUCCGGCAUGAAAUAAGUGGACUUAUUGUUGCUUCUGGUAAGGACUUUUCACCGAUUAUGAAACCAAGAGUUGUGGAAAAUGAAAUGAAGCAAUUUAAUAUCAUGCAUAACAAUACUAUUGAGCAAAAACUUGAGGACAGUAAUCAUAUGGAUGCUUCAAAUUUUUUUUCAAAAGGUCGAAUUUCUGUACACAGAGUAGAGCCUUCGGGUAACAGAUCAAUUGUUUCAGCAAAAACUAGCAGCUCUCAAGUGCACAAUAUCAGUCAGGUUAUGGAGUUGGAGGCUAGGAUCAAGGAGGAUUCAUCUAUGAUUGAAAGAUAUGUGAAAAAAAUGAGGGGAGCUACAAUAACUUUAUCUGAAAUGAAUACCAUGUUGCGUAGUAAGCCUGCGUUUUCAACCACAGUGAGGCAAAGAGGAUCUGCAGCACGUGACCGCCAACUUCUUUCAGCAAGCUUUCAGAUCAAGAAUGCUCCUGUUUUAAGAAGCGUAUCUGACUUGCAUGCUCCUCUCUUCCGAAAUGUCUCCGUGUUCAAAAGGAGCUAUGACUUGAUGGAACGUCUACUCAAAAUUUAUGUAUACAAAGAAGGAGAGAAACCAAUAUUCCACAACCCAAGACUACGGGGGUUAUACGCAGCUGAAGGAUGGUUUAUGAAGCUGCUUCAAAGAAGUAAACACUUUACUGUGACGGAUCCGAGAAAGGCCCAUCUUUACUACAUUCCUUUCAGUUCUGACAUACUACGUGCUACCCUUUAUGAUGAGAAAUCACGUAAUGUCAAAAACUUGGAGCGGUAUCUUGCAGAUUAUGUUGAUUUUAUCAGAGCACGAUACCAUUUUUGGAACAAGACUGGGGGCGCUGAUCAUUUUUUCAUUGCUUGUCACGAUUGGGGCUCGCGUAUAACAAGGCUUUAUAUGAGCAAUUGCAUUAGAGGACUCUGUAACGCCAAUGUUGCAAGAGGAUUUACGAUAGGUAAGGAUGUGAGUGUUCCCGUAACUUAUAUUCGUAGUGGAAAUGACCCCACUAGAGACAUAGGAGGAAAACCACCUUCAGAAAGAGAUAUAUUAGUCUUCUUUGCCGGACAAUUACAUGGUUAUCUCCGUCCUUUGUUAUUGCAAUACUGGGAGAAUAAGGUGCCCGAUAUGAAGAUUUUUGGUCCACUCCCGCGGGAUAUCCAAGGCAAAGCAGUCUAUAGGGAUUACAUGAAGAGUAGCAAGUACUGCAUUUGUGCACGAGGUUAUGAAGUCCACACUCCUAGGGUUGUCGAGUCCAUCUUCUACGAGUGUGUCCCCGUCAUUAUCUCUGACAAUCAUGUCCCUCCUUUCUUUGAGGUUCUAGAUUGGGAGGCGUUUGCCGUGUUUGUUCAAGAGAAAGACAUCCCAAAUUUGAGGAACAUUCUUCUUUCUAUCCCUGAAGAGAGGUACCUUGUUAUGCAACAUAAUUUAAGAAUGGUGCAGCGGCAUUUCAUAUGGAAUAAAACUCCAGAAAAGUAUGAUUUAUUUCACAUGAUUCUUCACUCGGUUUGGUACAACCGAGUUUCUCAGAUAAGACCUGGUUAGAAAUCUGUGGUUCAAUUGGAAGCUGUUUCUUUGACUGAUUGCACUUGCUUGAAUCUCUAAAAACCGUAAGUUUUUUGGGUUUAUUUUAUCUUCUUACUUGUCGUUGAUAAUUUGUUUAUUCAUUUGGAAAAUCCCUUCAAAAGCCUAAUAUUCCUAUCAUUGAUGCAGUGAAUCUGGUAUACUUUCUUGAUCUGUUUGAUGGACAUGUUUAAUUAUGAUUUUAUGAACAAGAUCAGGUUCAUUGCCUAGAUCUUUUCUUAGAGAAAAAACUUCUCGGAAGGGUGUCUGAAUAAAGGAAUGUGGAAUAAUAAUGCUCUUUGAACAAGCCCCCAACAGAUCAAUUUCAUGCAAGGUGUGGUUACAAGUUCUCCUAUCCAGCAUGUAUAAAUAAUUGUUUUCAACUUUGCCUUAUUUGCUUAUUCAGAUUUUAUCUCUUUAUAAAUUUUUUGGAUCGUAUGUCAUGAAUGGCUGGGAAGGGGUAUUUUAGGAAUUAAGUAAUAAAUAAUACUUAGUAAUUAGUUAAGUGGGAGAAUAAAAUGUAGAGAUAAUUAAUAUAAAUAGAGGGGAAGGGGAAGGGUUUAAGGCAUUCAUUCAAGUAAUAGUUUUAAGUGGAGUUUUAUACUCGUUGGGAGAGAACAAACCUUUCGAAUGCUUGUAUACUAUCAUUUGUAAUCGUUCUUUGGUUACAAUCGUUCUUCGUUGUACAUUUUCAUUUACAUUCAAUUUCUACAAUCAGUGAUUUGUAUUUUGUCAUACAAUUUGUUCAUUCGUAUAUUGGAACAAAUAUACCUUCUGCAUAUGAUCAGCACACUGGGAACAAAGAAGACUUAAGCAUUGAGGAUCAGCAUACUGAAUUUAGACCAGCUCAAGUUAAGGAAGCUGAUGUACAAAGAUUUGAGGAACAGUUACUCAAUACUAUGAACAUACAUGAUCCAGCCUUGAGGAAAGUAUACAUAGUCCUGUAUUAGAAGAUAAUGAACAGUUGGGUGUUCCCAAACGUUGACAGAAGAUAAGGAACAACUAGGUGUUCCCAAAUCCUGACAGUAGAAUUAUCACGCUCUUUUUAAGACGUCUAAUAUGACCGUUAGAAGUUAGGGGCCUUCUUCUUGAUUGUAAGCCGUUAGAGGAUGAAAGCCAAUUCUAUAAAUAAGGCUCUCCUCCACAUUGUAAAAGUGACAUAUUAUUCAGUUUUAAUUCAUCUACGUUCUUAGUAAUCAUUCAGA